CCUCUGGAUCCCAGAUUCGGGGGAGAACAACGCGCCUGCGCGGGGCUUUCAUCACGUCCGGCGCCAGGCCUCCCGAUUCCGGAAGGGGCCGCACAGUUGUGGCGGCAGGUUCUGCGCUGGUGCUUAGUAUAUUCUUCGCUGUUGGACGUGGGAUACACAGCAGCAUCAUGGUCGAGGAGGUACAGAAACAUUCUGUGCACACACUUGUGUUCAGGUCAUUAAAGAGGACCCAUGACAUGUUUGUAGCUGAUAACGGAAAACCUGUGCCUUUGGAUGAAGAGAGUCACAAACGAAAAAUGGCAAUCAAGCUUCGUAAUGAAUAUGGUCCUGUGUUGCAUAUGCCUACUUCGAAAGAAAAUUUUAAAGAGAAGGGCCCUCAGAAUGCAGCGGAUUCAUAUGGUCAUAAACAGUAUCCUGCCAAUCAAGGUCAAGACGUUGAAUAUUUGGUAACAGGUACACAUCCGUAUCCACCAGGACCUGGGGUUGCUUUGACAGCAGAUACUAAGAUCCAGAGAAUGCCAAGUGAAUCAGCUGCACAGUCCUUAGCAGUGGCAUUACCUUCUUCUCAGGCCAGGGCUGAUGCAAAUCGUACUGCACCUGGUGGAAAUGAAUACCGACAUCCUGGGACUCCUGACCGUUCACAGCCUGCAGCAGUGAAUUCAAUUGUCAUGGAGGCUGGCAAUACCAAGAACUCUGCACUGAUGGCUAAAAAAGCCCCUACAAUGCCAAAACCCCAGUGGCACCCACCAUGGAAACUCUACAGGGUGAUCAGUGGGCAUCUUGGCUGGGUUCGAUGUAUUGCUGUGGAACCUGGAAAUCAGUGGUUUGUGACUGGAUCUGCUGACAGAACUAUAAAGAUCUGGGACUUGGCUAGUGGCAAACUGAAACUGUCAUUGACUGGGCAUAUUAGUACAGUGCGGGGCGUGAUAGUGAGCACAAGGAGCCCCUACCUGUUCUCUUGCGGAGAAGACAAGCAAGUAAAAUGCUGGGAUCUUGAAUAUAAUAAGGUUAUAAGGCACUAUCAUGGACAUCUAAGUGCAGUGUAUGGUUUGGAUUUGCACCCAACAAUCGAUGUGCUGGUAACUUGUAGUCGAGAUUCAACUGCUCGGAUUUGGGAUGUGAGAACUAAAGCCAGUGUACACACAUUAUCUGGACAUACAAAUGCAGUUGCUACAGUGAGGUGUCAAGCUGCAGAACCACAGAUUAUUACAGGAAGCCAUGACACUACAAUACGAUUAUGGGAUUUGGUGGCUGGAAAAACAAGAGUGACAUUAACAAAUCACAAAAAAUCAGUCCGGGCUGUGGUUUUACAUCCAAGACAUUACACAUUUGCAUCUGGUUCUCCAGAUAACAUAAAGCAGUGGAAAUUCCCUGAUGGAAGUUUCAUUCAAAAUCUUUCUGGUCAUAAUGCUAUUAUUAACACACUGACAGUAAAUUCUGAUGGAGUACUUGUAUCUGGAGCUGACAAUGGCACUAUGCAUCUUUGGGACUGGAGAACUGGCUACAAUUUUCAGCGAGUUCAUGCAGCUGUGCAGCCUGGGUCUUUAGACAGUGAAUCGGGAAUAUUUGCCUGUGCUUUUGAUCAGUCUGAGAGUCGAUUACUAACAGCUGAGGCUGAUAAAACCAUUAAAGUGUACAGAGAGGAUGAUACAGCGACAGAAGAAACUCAUCCAGUCAGCUGGAAACCAGAGAUUAUCAAGAGAAAGAGAUUUUAAUGUGGCAUUGUCUUUUUUUUUUUUUUUUUUUUUAAGCUUGGCGUUGAUGAGGGUAUCCAGUCAUUCUGUGCUCUGGCUGGGAAUAUAAAGCAGAAACUCACUUGCUCGAAUCAUUGCUGCUUCAUAUUUUACAAUAAACUGUCCCCCUCCCCCU